AUGGAGACAUUCAGUUCAAUUGUCCACCCAGCUCAUGUGCACCCACUUACCCUCAUCCCCUCCCCAGCUUACCCUAGUGGUGCUUUCACAUGUAAUGGCUGCGGUGGCGUCGGCCGUGACUCUUGCUACCGCUGCAAUCAUUGUAACUACGAUUUACACACUGCUUGUGCUGCUGCUCAAAACCCACCUUCACUUACUCACCAUUCUCACCCUCAUCACCAACUUCACCUCACCUUUCUGCCUCCUUACCCAUCUAAAGCCUUUUCUUGCAAUAUAUGCCAAAACAUCGGUCGCCGUUGGUCCUACCGCUGUGGUCUCUGUAACUUUGAUGCACACGUGGACUGUGCAAAAUUGGGUCAUCAGCAUUACAACUCUUCACCACAAGCCAAUUCUCAAUUCCAGCAGUAUGGGAAUAGAGUCAACAGUCCACUUGGUGGUGGCCUUGGGCCCCCUAUGAUAUAUGAUGUGACUCAUGGGUUCGCUUAUGGGGUUGGCCUACAGGCUGGUCAGAAUUUUGUGAAUGGCAUCUUUCUUGCUGAUCCAAAUCAUGGUGGUGGUGGUGAUUUUCCUUCUUCCUCAUCCGAUCAAUCUUCAUUUUUGGAUAAUAUAUUUGAUUGA